UAUCGUUGUUAAGUUUGCGGAGGUGGAAUAAAUAUGAUAUUGAAGUCGACUGAUUGAUUCUUGAAAUAUCAUCUCCAAUGAUCGCAUUGAAUUUGAAUGUGACACAAUCAUCAUCCACCUGCCAUUAAUCAUUCCUUCAUCUUCUUCUUCCAUCCCAACAACAAACAUUCAACGUUAAAGGAUCAGAAAAACCCACAUAAGAAUAUUGGGUGGGUGAUGUGAUGAAGAGAGGAGGUUCGUGGGAAAGUGGAGGAUCCGAGAGUGGGGCGGAGACCCGUUUGGAAUAUUUCGGAUGGGUUUAUCAUUUGGGCACCAAUUCAAUUGGCCGCGAGUUUUGCCACCUUCGCUUUCUCUACAUUCGUGGCAAAUAUGUCAUGAUGUAUAAGCGUGAUCCUCAUGAGAACCCUGGCAUUAAACCAAUAAGGAGGGGUGUUGUUGGGAAUACAUUUAUGGUGGAGGAGCUAGGACGCCGAAAGUUCAAUGAUGGCGAUCUUUAUGUUCUGAGGUUCUACAACAGGUUGGAUGAGGAGAAAAAAGGAGAAAUCGCUUGUGCUACAGCUGGAGAAACCCGAAAAUGGAUGGAAGCAUUUGAUCAAGCAAAACAACAGGCCGAGUAUGAGCUUUCUCAAAGCUCUACCAGAAACAGAUUGAGCAUGGAGGAUGAGAUUGAUCUUGAAGGACGUCGACCUAGGGUAAGACGAUACGCGCAUGGUCUAAAGAAGCUCAUAAGAAUAGGACAUGGUCCCGAGACACUUGUUAGAAGAUCAUCAAACUUGGGUAGACAUCAUAGACCGAGUGAGUUCAUGGAAGGGGACGCUGCAGAUGUAGUCGAAGCACAUGAGUGGAGAUGUGUCCGCACAGUCAAUGGUGUGAGACUCUUUGAGGAUGUGUCUGACCAUAAGCCGCACAGCAAAACUGUUCUUGUGAAGGCGGUUGGUGCUGUGGAUGCAAGUCCAGAUACUGUUUUUGAGGUGGUUCUGAACCUUGACCGACUUCGUAGAUACGAGUGGGAUGCAUUGACCGGUGACCUAGAACUCGUUGAUUCUAUUAGUGGACAUUCCGAUGUUGUUUAUGGAUCUUACGAUCCCAGAUACUUAAGUAGGUGGCAGUCUAAGCGCGAUUUCAUAUUUUCGAGGCAAUGGUAUCGCGGACAAGAUGGAACAUACACAAUCUUGCAGUGUCCUGCAAUACACAAGAAACGACCUACAAAAUCAGGAUAUCGGCGAAUUAAAAUUAAUCCAUCUUCUUGGGAGAUCCGGAAUCUUAGAGGUUUGGCGGGUUCUAAUGGUGAUAGAUGUCUUGUAACACAUAUGUUAGAGAUAGAUUCCGGUGGAUGGUUUAAAUGGAAGCGUGAUAAGUGCGCAAAGUUUGAAAGGUCAAUUGCUUAUUCCUUGUUGAACCAAGUGUCAGGUCUAAAGGCAUACAUCUCAGCAAACCCUGCACUUACAUGUGAAUCAUCCACAACACUAGUGGAUACAAAAGCCUCUGAUGUUUCUGGAUUGAUUAGUGAGUUCGAGGACGCGGAAGUUGCUGAGGAGUUUUACGAUGCAAUUGCUGCUGCUGACUCAUCGUCGUCUUCAGAUGAUGACGAUGAAGACGGUGAUGCUGAACUUGACAACAAGAACCAGAGAGUGAAGCUGAAGAACGUGUCAUGGGCUAUUGCCAGCCUGGCGUUAAAGGCGAAGAAAGCUAUGGAUUGCAACAAUGAGUUAGAUCAACAUGUAGAUCCAGUUACUAUUAAUCCUAGUGACUUUUGUGGUUCAUUGCACAAAGGGAAGAGCGAUGGCGAUAGUAAUUGUUGGACAUCUCCGAGUGGUGCCGGAUUUAAGAUCCGAGGAAAGACGUACUUGAAAGAUAGCGCUAAGGUAGCCGGAGGGGACCCCCUUCUAAAGCUUAUAGCCGUCGACUGGUUUAAACUAGAAAGUUCGAGAAGUAAAGUGGCUUUGCAUCCCAAAUGCGUUGUUCAGACGGAAGCUGCGAAAAAACUUCCGUUUAUCCUUGUCGUGAACUUGCAGGUUCCGGCUAAACCAAACUACAGCCUAGUUAUGUACUACGCUGCGGAUCGGCCUGUUAACAAAAACUCAUUGCUGGGCAAAUUUAUUGAUGGAGGUGAUGCGUAUCGGGAUUCAAGAUUCAAACUGAUUCCAAGUAUUGUACAGGGAUAUUGGAUGGUGAAGCGUGCAGUCGGUACAAAAGCUUGUCUGUUAGGGAAAGCCGUAACUUGUCAUUAUUUAAGGCAAGAUAAUUUUUUGGAGAUUGAUGUAGAUAUUGGAUCUUCAUCGGUUGCAAGGAGUAUCAUUGGUCUCGUUCUUGGAUAUGUAACAAGCCUCGUUGUUGAUCUUGCCGUCUUAAUUGAGGGUAGGGAGGAAAACGAACUACCCGAAUAUAUUCUUGGAACAGUCCGGCUGAACAGAGUGAAGCUUGAUACUGCUGCUCCUCUUGAAUCUUAAUGUCAAUAUAUUUGGUAAAUAUGCUGUCACUCCUGGUGUAUAUGAUCGGCUACAUUGAGCUCCCGAUAUGCAGGAUAGCCCUUUCGACCAAUAGGACCUGCCCUGAUUGUUUAGAUUCUGCAUCGAUUGUGUCGAUAUGCUUUAGAAUCAUGAGAAAUAAUAGCCAUUUCUGUGCUUUUUUGGGCCCUUUUAUUGUAUGAUCAAAUGAGUUGCAUUGUUAAUCAAACCAGAAUUCAAAAACUAUUUUUUCUGCA